CCUGCCGUCUCCUGGUACGAGGAGUUCCAGCGGCUCUACGACACCAUCCCCUGCGUGGAGGUGCAGGCCCUGAAGGAGCACAAUGACCAGGUUUUGCACCUCAGCUUCUCCCACUCCGGCUGCCUGUUUGCGUCCUGCUCCAAGGACUGCACCGUCAAGAUCUGGAGCAACGAGCUGGACAUCUCCCUGCAGCACAGCUCCAACAUGAGGCCGUACAACUGGAGCUACACGCAGUUCUCCCAGUUCAACUCCGAUGACUCCCUCCUUCUGGUGUCGGGCGUCUUUGUGGGGCCUCACAACUCCUCGUCAGGAGAGAUCGCCGUCAUCAGCAUGGAGAACUUCACGCUGCUUUCCAGGGUGAGGAACAAACCCUACGACGUGUUCGGCUGCUGGCUGAACGAAACCAACCUGAUCUCUGGCAAUCUGCAUCGGAUUGGGCGCAUAACCUCCUGCUCCGUGCUGUGGCUGAACAAUGCUUUCCAGGGCGUAGAGUCUGAGAACGUGAAUGUAGUGAAGAGACUGUUCAAAAUCCAGAACCUGAAUGCCAGCACGAUCCGGACCGUGAUGGUGGCCGACUGCAGCCGGUACGAUUCCCCGGACCUGCUCCUGGACUACGAGGAGCAGCUGGCUGCUUCCUCCACCUGCCCGGUCUUCGAUCUUGGCAGUGACAGCGAGGAAGAGGAGGCCAAGGCCAAGCCCAAGCAGACUCCAGAGCCAGCAGUACAGGAAUUGCCGGAUGACAGGGGUGUGACAGCAGAGGAUGGGCUGCAGCAGCUCUUUGAUGAUAUCAUGGAGGGCCGCGUGCGGCCUGCCCUGACAGAGACGGAGCUGGAGACCAAGGUGGCGGAGCUGUUCGUACGCAGCAGAACUAAACCCCCUGAGCUGAACCUGCUCCCCACGGACAGCAACAGCAAGACAAAAUACUUGAUCUUCACCACGGGAUGCCUCACCUACUCCCCGCACCAGAUAGGGAUUAAAAGGAUCCUGCCCCAUCAGAUGACGACCGCCGGGCCGGUGCUUGGGGAGGAGAGGCGCUCAGAUGAGUUCUUUGACUCGCUGGACCACGUCAUCGA